UUCCGAAAGGCAAAAGCUGAUUUCUUUUUUCUCUCUCUAGAGGUCCACCAAUUUGGACUGAUACUCCAAAAGAAAUGGCGCUCUCCGAGAACGUUGAUCGGGCGGAAUCAGUUGAAUCGUUUCCAUCAGGACGAAACUCCGACGCUUCAUCUGAAUCAUCCUCUGCCGUGUUACCCUCUUUGGUGGAUCGAUCGCCCAGCCGGUUAAAGACCUCCGAACUUCAGACAUCACUUCAGCCGUCAUUGAGGAGUGAGGAAUAUCGACAACUUUUUCGGCUUUCACAUGAGGAAACGCUUGUUCAAGAUUUUAACUGUGCAUUGCAAGAAAAUUUUCUUCUCCAGGGUCAUAUGUACCUGUUCAAUAACUAUAUUUGCUUUUAUUCUAAUCUCUUCGGGUUUGAGACAAAGAAAGUAAUUUCAUUUCAUGAAGUCACAUCUGUGCGAAGAGCAAAAGCUGCUGGGAUAUUUCCUACUGCUAUAGAUAUUAUGGUGGGAGAAAAGAAGUUUUUCUUUACGUCAUUCCUCUCUCGAGAUGAAGCUUAUAGGCUAAUUACUGAACGUUGGUCACAGCAUGGUGUAAUGUCUAAAUCCAAUUCAAACAUGCAGGAUUUGCUAUUAGAGUCUACUAGUGAAACAAAUGGAAUCUGCAUAAAUUCAGAGGCUGAGAAUUCUGAAAGCCUCAAAGAUGAUCUGGAACCUAGUGAAAGGAAUGAAGGGAUUUCUAUGUCAGAAGAUUCUUUGAUUCCUACCAAUGGUGAACCCGAAAUUGUACCAGCUUCUUUAGAAGUUCAGGAAAACUUAGAAGAGGAUGUUGCUAUUGUUACAAAUGGAGAACCAUUGUCUUCUCAGGAGGCUCCUAAAUGGGUGCAUGAAAAUUCUGAAGCACCUAAAGUUCCGCAAAAUUAUGUGAAGGUGGCAGAAGCUAAAUUUACGAUAAUGGUGGAGGAAUUUUUCAUUCUCUUUUUCUCUGAUGAUGCGUCUGAUUUCAUCAAAUCAUAUCAUGAAAAGUGUGGAGACAAAGAUUUUAGGGUCAGCUCUUGGUAUAACCAUAAUGAGUUUGGGCGUGCUCGCGAUUUGUUCUUUCAACAUCCAAUUAAAAUUUACUUUGGUGCUAAAUUUGGAAGUUGCCAGGAGGUUCAGAAAUAUAGAAUUUAUAGAGACAGUCAUUUGGUUAUUGAAACAUCACAAGUAGUAAAAGAUGUACCUUAUGGAGACUACUUCACAGUUGAGGGACUAUGGGAUGUGGAAAGAGAUGAAAAUGAUUUAAAUAGCUGCAUUUUGAGAUAUUAUCUAGGCGUGGCUUUUUCCAAGAAAACAAUGUGGAAAGGAAAAAUCGAGCAGUCUACUCUGGAAGAGGCUCGAGAUGCAUAUGGUCUCUGGAAAAAAAAUGCAGAUGAGAGGGUGAAGCAAAGGCACAUUAAGAAAGAAGCUGAAGGUGUUGCAUUAGCUAAUAUUGUGAUGCCUAAUGGUAAUAAUAAUGCUCAACAAGAAAGAUUAUAUCCUUCUUCUGAGAAUUUGGGAACAUCACGAGUGGAGAAUGGCUUAACAACAUCACAAAGAUUGGCAAACGCUAACGAACCAGCUGAUGAUCCCUUAAUUAAUAGAUCACAUGGAGGAAGUAUCUCUUCGCUUGGUGAAACCCUAGUGAAGUUUUAUACAUCUAUGAAGUCUCAAAGCCAGAUUCCUGUACUUCUGAUCAUCGUCUUUGCACUGAUUCUUCUUCUGAUGCAGUUGAGUAUAGUUGUACUACUAUCUAGACCCCAACAAGUGAGAGUGUUUACUCAAGCGGAAUAUCUUAACAACAACAAUGCUAAUGGAAUGAGACCUGAAAUGUCAAAUUGGCUCGACAAACAGGUCCAACAUCUCAAGGAAGAGAUGAUGAUCAUUGAGACGAUGCUAGAUAAGAUGCAUAACAAGCAUUCCUUGUUAAAAUCUCAAUUGAGAGACCUAGAGCAGUUAAGCAAACAAUGGAAAUCAUAAACACCACUUAUAUGUAUAUGUUGUUGUAUUAAUUUAUAUUAUAACUUCUUUCUUUUCUGGCCUGUAUUUUUAUGUUAUAAACUAGUGUUUGAUUCUUGUCAAUGGGAGAUAGAAUCGGUGUGCAGAUUAGAGAUGGCUUUAUAUUGAAUAAUAAGAUUAUAUGGAAAUAAUAAUAGUGUGACAGAUUUUUACAUUUUACCUCAA